UAGAACUUUGUUGCUGUGUGAGUUCUUCAUAAAAAAUUUCUGCAGUGUGUCAAACGAAGAAAAUUCCUCACGGAAAUGAAAAACUUGUGAAAAAAAAGUUAUUUGUGUUAAAUUAAAUUCCUCAUUGAUAAGAAGUUCUGUUCCCCUUUUUUGAUUUAAAUCAAAACUAAAAAGAAGAAAAAAAUAGUUUCAAGAAUUUUUUGCAACAAAAAUCAAAUCAAAAAAGUGCAAAAUUUUAAAUAAAUCAAAAAAUAAUGGGCGACUCAGCAGAACAAAAUCCAAAAGCAAGUUCAAGCUCGAGCUAUAACGAUGCAAAAGUCGAUGGAUUAUCAUCAUCGGGCACAACAACUGCCGAUAAGAUUGUCCACAAGCGACAAAAAACUUGUUUACAAGUGGCAACAAACGUAACGGAACAAAAGCACCAUGUCACACGUGAGAUGCGCGGUCGAAAUUUGGGUCUUUGUCGCGGUUUUCGCGGAUGCACAAUUUGGCUCACAGGUUUAAGUGGCGCCGGAAAAACCUCCAUUGCCUUCGAGUUGGAAGCACAUUUGGUCGCUCGUGGAAUUCCUGCUUACGGACUCGACGGCGACAACAUUCGUACGGGUUUAAAUAAAAAUUUGGGAUUCAGUCAAGUGGAUCGUGAGGAAAAUAUUCGUCGUGUUGCUGAAGUUGCGAAACUUUUUGCCGAUUCCGGCGUUAUUUGUAUCUGUUCGUUCGUGUCGCCGUUCGCCGAGGAUCGCGAUAUGGCGCGAAAAAUCCACAAAGAUGCCGACUUGAAGUUUUUCGAGAUUUUCGUCAAUACGCCGCUGAGUGUUUGUGAGUCGCGCGACGUCAAAGGUCUGUACAAGAAGGCACGCGAAGGCGCAAUUCAGGGAUUUACGGGUGUUACGCAAGCCUACGAGGCGCCCGAACAUCCCGACUUGAAGGUAGAAACGGAAAAUUUGUCCAUCAAGGAGUCGACGGCGAAACUGCUGGAUUUGCUCGUGAAAAAUAACAUUAUUCCGGAUUUUGUGCGCGAAGAGGCGCCAAUUGUGGAACUUUUUGUGCCGACACAUCGCAAACAGGCAGCGAUGGAAGAGGCGAAAACACUGCCUUCGUUAAACAUAUCGAAUGUCGAGCUGCAAUGGCUGCAAGUGCUUGCCGAGGGAUGGGCGCAACCGUUGAAAGGCUUUAUGCGGGAACACGAAUACCUUCAAGUGCUGCAUUUUAAUUGUUUGAUCAACGAAACGGAGAACAUUCGGGACAAUAUGUCGGUGCCAAUUGUACUUUCGGCAUCGGAAGCUGACAAAAAACGUCUCGAAGGGUACAGCUCGAUUGCGCUUUAUCACAACAACGAGCCUGUGGCAAUUAUGCGGAAACCGGAAUUUUUCUUUCAGCGCAAAGAGGAGCGUUGUAGUCGACAAUUUGGCACAAAUAACGGAAAUCAUCCUUAUAUCAAGAUGAUUCACGAAUCAGGUGCUUUUCUCGUGGGCGGCGACUUGGAAGUGCUCGAUCGUGUGCGAUACAAUGACGGUCUCGACAACUACCGUUUGACGCCAAACGAAAUCCGUUUCCGACUGAAAGCCAUGAAAGCCGAUGCCGUCUUCGCAUUCCAGCUUCGCAAUCCAAUCCACAACGGGCACGCGCUCCUCAUGCAGGAUUGUCGUCGUCAAUUGCUCGAACGCGGCUUCCAAAAUCCCGUUUUGUUGCUUCACCCGCUCGGCGGAUGGACCAAAGACGACGACGUCCCGUUGCCGGUUCGCAUGGCGCAACAUCAAGCAGUUUUGGAUGCGGGCGUUCUGGAUCGCGAGACAACUUUGCUCGCAAUUUUCCCGUCGCCAAUGAUGUAUGCGGGUCCGACGGAGGUGCAAUGGCACGCAAAAGCCCGCAUGAAUGCCGGAGCGAAUUUCUACAUUGUGGGACGAGAUCCCGCGGGAAUGCCGCAUCCCGACAAGUCACUUUAUCCCGAUGGAAAUUUGUAUGAAGACACGCAUGGCGCGAAAGUUCUUUCCAUGGCACCGGGAUUGGAUAGUUUGGAGAUCAUCCCAUUCCGCGUCGCAGCAUACGACAAAAAGGCAUCUCGCAUGGCGUUCUUCGAACCGAGUCGCAAGGAAGACUUUGAAUUUAUAUCAGGCACAAAAAUGCGCGGAUUCGCCCGCAACGGAGAACUUCCGCCAACUGGCUUCAUGGAACCAAAAGCGUGGAAAAUUCUCUCAGAGUACUACCAAUCGUUGAAAAAAUAGUUUUAAAUAAUUCCGAAAGGCGAAAAUGAUAUCAUUCCGUUCCUAGAUUAAGAAAUUUCUUCGUAAGCCACAAUUUCCGACGACGAGCAACUAAUUUAAAUAGCAAGCCAGUAUUUAGAAAAACAAAAUAAAUAAAUUCAAGGGCCUGGAAAAUAAUUAGAAAAAAAAAUAAAUUUAGAAAUUGUUACAUUUUUACCUAAAUAUGGAGAGCACAAUAGACAGAGCAUGUCGAAAAAGGUUAAUUAAUUUAAAAUUUUAAAAUAUAUUUAAAUGUUUUGUAAAUUUUGUUGAAAUUUUUUGUGAAAGAUUGUGUACUUUAAACAUUAAUUGUAAUUUUUAUUAGUUUUAAGCACUUCUUAGAGUUAUAUUUGGACUGUUUUAUUGAGAGAAAUAAAAUUUAUGA